AUGUCUUCUUUAGAAACAGAUCUUGCUCCCUUACGAAUCCCAUUUGAAGAUAUACUACUCGCCACCAAUGAUUUCGCUGAAGAAAACCGGUUAGAUGAAGGUGGAAUCGCAGAUGUUUACAAAGGACUGCUCUUGCGGUCAGAAGUAUGGAUGGAUGUUGUAAUACGAAGGUUUUGCCGUCCUUGUCCUGGGCUAGGAAAAAUACACUUCCUGAGAGAAAUUCAUACACUUUAUCAUCUGAAACAUAGAAAUAUUGUAUCUAUUGUUGGUUUUUGUGAUGAGAAUGAUGAAAUGAUGAUUAUUAUGGAGCAUGCAGUUAAUGGAAGUCUCGAGAAACAUCUAAGCGAUCCAACAACGCUUACAUGGUCCCAAAGAUUGCAUAUAUGUGUCGGUGCGGCACUUGCGUUGAGAUACAUCCAUACUAAUAUCAAUCAUUUUGGUUCUCAUCACGAUAUCAAGAGCUCUAAAAUAUUGUUAGACAAAGAUUGGGAAGCCAAAGUAUUCUGUUUUGGAUUCCACGUAUCACAUCGUGUUGUUUUCCAUUACACAUCCACCUACACAGACCCGGAUUAUAUCAAGACAGGAACAACUGGCAAAAAAAAGUCAAAUGUUUACUCUUUGGGUGUGAUAUUGUUGGAAGUGCUUUGUGGGAGUAAAGCAACAAUGGAGGUUGUGAAUCAAUAUGCAUCUCAAAUGGAGGAAAUCCAUUAUGAAGAAGGAAAGCUGGAUGACAUUAUUGAUCUAAAUCUAAGGAAACAAAUGUGCACACACUCACUAUCCAUAUUCUCAGAAACAGCCUAUAAGUGUGUAAAAGAACAACCUUACAAACGCCCAGAUAUAAAUCAGGUUGUUGAAAGUCUUAAGGAAGCUUUGGAGCUUCAACUGAAACAUGAAAAUCUUGUAAGAUUACGGGUUAUUGUAGUUUGA